GAGGCGGGUCUUGGGAGUGCAGAGCGUGCGUGUUGGGACAGCGUGGGCAAACAGUGCCCCGGCGCUAGUUCGCCUUAGUGCUUCCUUUGGAAACGUACGCUGCGCGAUCACUCCAGCAGUUUUAAUCAGCGAGCAAUUUGUGGAGGCUUAAACUGCAGUCUCCUGAGUAACAGGCUUGGGCUUUGGAAUCACUCUCCAGUUCAAAAUUCUGACUGUCGGCUGACUGUGUGCUAUCGAGCCUGUGGUAAUUCUAUCCUGUGAUAUGUUUUCUGAAAUUCUGAAUCAUGAGUCUCGCACUUAAUGAUCUGCUUAUUUGCUGCCGUCAACUAGAACUUGAUAGAGCUACAGAGCGAAAGAGAGAGAUUGAGAAAUUUAGGCGCCUGAUUCAGGAUCCUGAAACUGUUCGACAUUUAGAUCAUCAUUCAGAUUCCAAACAAGGGAAAUAUUUGAAUUGGGAUGCUGUUUUUAGGUUUUUACAGAAAUAUAUUCAGAAAGAAACAGAAUGUCUGAGAACAGCAAGACAAAAUGUAUCAGCCUCAACACAAGCCACCAGGCAGAAAAAGAUGCAAGAAAUCAGUAGCUUGGUCAAAUUCUUCAUCAAAUGUGCAAAUAAAAGAGCACCCAGGCUGAAAUGUCAGGAACUGUUGAAUUACAUCAUGGAUACAGUGAAAGAUUCAUCCCAUGGUGCUAUUUAUGGAUCUGAUUGUAGCAAUAUAUUGCUGAAGGACAUUCUUUCAGUGAGGAAAUACUGGUGUGAAAUAUCUCAGCAACAGUGGCUUGAAUUGUUCUCUGUGUAUUUCAGUCUGUAUCUUAAACCUUCACAAGACAUUAAUAGAGUUUUGGUGGCAAGAAUAAUUCAAGUUGUGACCAAAGGAUGCUGUUCGCAGACCGAUGGAUUAAGUCCCAAAUUUUUGGAUUUUUUUUCUAAGGCUAUUCAGCAGGCACGACAAGAAAAGAGCCCUGCAGGUCUAAAUCAUAUCUUAGCAGCAUUUAUUAUCUUCCUCAAGACUUUGUCUGUUAACUUUCGAAUUCGAGUGUGUGAAUUAGGAGAUGAAAUUCUUCCUACCUUACUUUAUAUUUGGACUCAACAGAGACUUAAUAAUUCCUUAAAAGAAGUAAUUAUUGAAUUAUUUCAGCUACAAAUUUAUAUUCAUCAUCCAAAGGGAGCCAAAACUCAAGAUAAAGGUGCUUAUGAAUCAAGAAAGUGGAGAAGUAUUUUAUACAACCUGUAUGAUUUGCUAGUUAAUGAAAUAAAUCAUAUAGGAAGCAGAGGGAAAUAUACUUCAGGAUCUCGUAAUAUUGCUGUUAAAGAAAACUUGAUUGAAUUGAUGGCAGAUAUUUGUCACCAGGUUUUUAAUGAAGAUUCCAGAUCUUUGGAGAUUUCUCAGUCUUGCACAACCACACAAAGAGAACUUACUGAUCACAGUGUACCUUGCAAAAAGAGGAAAAUAGAAUUAGGCUGGGAAGUAAUAAAAGAUCACCUUCAGAAGUCACAGAAUGAUUUUGAUAUUGUACCUUGGUUACAAAUCGCAACUCAGUUAAUAUCAAAAUAUCCUGCAAGUUUACCUAACUGUGAGUUGUCACCAUUACUAAUGAUACUAUACCAGCUUCUACCUCAACAGCGACGUGGGGAACGCACACCAUAUGUGUUACGAUGUCUUAUGGAAGUUGCAUUGUGUCAAGGCAAGAGGUCAAACCUAGAAAGCUCACAAAAGUCAGAUUUAUUGAAAAUCUGGAUUAAAAUUUGGUCUAUUACUUUUCGUGGUAUAAGUUCUGAACAAAUACAAACUGAAAACUUUGGCUUACUUGGAGCCAUAAUUCAAGGGAGUUUCGUUGAGGUUGACAGAGAAUUCUGGAAGUUAUUUACUGGGUCAGCCUGUAGACCUUCAUGUCCUGCAGUAUGCUGUUUGACUUUGGCACUGACAAUCUGUGUAGUUCCAGAAACAGUAAAAAUAGGAAUUGAGAAAAAUAUAUGUGAUGUAAGCAGAAAUUCUUUAAAAGAAUUGAUAAUGAAAUGGCUCUUAUUCUGUCAGUUAGAGGAUGACUUUGAAGACAGUACAGAGUUACCUCCAGUUCUUUGCAGUAAUUUUCCUCAUCUUACCCUGGAGAAAAUUCUCGUGAGUCUCACUAUGAAAAACUGUAAAGCAGCAAUGAAUUUUUUCCAAAGUGUGCCAGAAUGUGAGCAACACCAAAAAGAUACAGAAGAACCUUCAUUCUCAGAAGCUGAAGAUCUGUUUCUUCAGACAACUUUUGACAAGAUGGAUUGUUUAACCAUUGUGAAAGAACAUACGCUAGAAAAGCACCAACCCAGUGUAGGCUUUUCUGUCCACCAAAACCUCAAGGAGUCACUGGAUCGCUAUCUUUUGAGACUGUCAGAACAGCUUCUAAAUAACUACUCAUCUGAGACUUCAAAUUCAGAGAUGUUUGUCCGGUGUUCAAGUCUUUUGGUGGGUGUUCUCGGCUGCUAUUGUUACCUGGGUGUCAUAGCUGAAGAGGAAGCUUACAAAUCAGAAUUAUUCCAGAAAGCCAAGUCUCUAAUGCAGUGUGCCGGAGAAAGUAUCACUUUGUUUAAAAAUAAGACAAGUGAAGAAUCUAGAAUUCUUUCAUUGAGAAAUAUGAUACAUCUAUGUACAAGUUGCUUACAUAACUGUUCCAAGCACAGUCCAAAUAAGAUUGCAUCUGGCUUCUUCUUACGAUUAUUAACAUCAAAGCUAAUGAAUGACAUUACAGAUAUUUGUAAAAGUUUAGCAUUCAUGAUCAAAAAGCCUUUUGACUUUGUAGAAGUAGAACCAAUGGAAGAAGAUACUGAUGAAAAUAUAAUGAGGAUGGAGGAUCGGUCAUCCAUGAGUCUAUUUAAUGAUUACCCUGCUAGCAGUGUUACUGAUGCAAAUGAAUCUGGAAAGAGCCAAAUUACUAUUGGUGCCAUGAAUCCUUUAGCUGAAGAACAUCUAUCAAAGCAAGAUCUACUUUCUUUAGACAUGCUCAAGUUCUUGUGUAUGUGUGUAACCACUGCUCAGACUAACACUGUGUCAUUUAGGGCAGCAGAUAUUCGGAGGGAAUUAUUAAUGUUAAUUGAUUCUAGCAUGCUAGACCCUACCAGAUCUCUUCAUUUACACAUGUAUCUAGUGCUUUUAAAGGCACUUCCUGGAGAAGAAUAUCCCUUGCCAAUGGAAGAUGUUGCAAAACUUCUAAAACCACUACCCAAUGUGUGUUCAUCUUAUCACCGUGACCAAGAUGUUUGUAAAACCGUCUUAAACCAUGUCGUUCACGUAGUGCUGAACCUCUGUCACAGAAAUGUGGAUGAUGAGGACACAAGGGAUGCUCAAGGACAGUUUCUAACAGUGAUUGGAGCAUUUUGGCAUUUAACAAAGGAGGGGAAAAGUGCAUUCUCUGUAAGAAUGGCACUAGUAAAAUGCCUUAAAACUUUGCUUGAGGCUGAUCCUUAUUCAAAAUGGUCUAUUCUGAAUGUAAAGGGAAAAGAUCUUCCUGUAAAUGAAGUAUUUCCACAGUUUCUUGCUGAUAAUCAUCACCAAGUUCGCAUGUUGGCUGCAGAGUCAAUAAACAGAUUGUUUCAGCAUAUAAAACGAGGUUCUUCCACAUUGAAAGCACUUCCUUUGAAGCUUCAGCAAACAGCUUUUGAAAAUGCAUACUUGAAAGCUCAGGAAGGAAUGAGAGAAUUGUCCCACAGAACUGAAAACUCUGAAAUUUUGGAUGAACUUUGUAAUAGAAAAGCCACUUUACUGAUGAUGAUAGCUGUGGUGUUAUACUGUAGCCCUGUCUGUGAAAAGCAGGCUUUAUUCGCCCUAUGCAAGUCUGUGAAAGAGAAUGGACUAGAGCCUCACCUCGUUAAAAAGGUUUUAAAGAAAGUUUCUGAAACUUUUGGAUAUAGAUGUUUAGAAGAUUUCAUGGCUUCUCAUUUGGAUUACCUGGUAUUGGAAUGGCUAAAUCUUCAAGAUCCUGAAUACAGUGUAUCUUCUUUUCCUUUUAUUUUAUUAAAUUACACAAACAUUGAAGAUUUCUAUAGGUCUUGUUAUAAAAUUUUGAUUCCACCUCUAGUGAUUAGAAGUCAUUUUGAUGAAGUAAAGUUAAUUGCUAAUCAGAUUCAAGAGGAUUGGAAGAGUCUUCUGACAGACUGCUUUCCAAAGAUUCUUGUAAAUAUUCUUCCAUACUUUGCUUAUGAGGGUACAGAAGACAGUGGGAUGGCCCAGCAAAGAGAGACUGCUACCAAAGUCUAUGAUAUGCUUAAAGAUGAAAACUUAUUAGGAAAACAGGUAUGA